CGCCGGCCCCUCUUUUCUCUUUACACCCCUCUCCGCCUGUCUGCGCCUGUCCCCUCUCCCCUCGCCAUUCCAUUCCUCCGCCCCCACCGCCAUUUCGCCGAUUCCGGCCGCCGCCUAGGGUUUCUCGCCCAGCCUCAGCGGCGGUAUCGGGAAGUUUGUCCCGCUCCCCGGCGGCACGCGGCGUCCGGAGCAGGAGGAGGAGGCGGAGGAGGUCAGUCUGUGUCUCUGUGAGCCCGGGGUGGCGGCGGCGGCGGUGGCGGCGGAGUGGGCUGUCGGCGAGCGAGGUUUCGCGGGGGCGUAGGCUGCGGGUUGAUGAGGAGGUAGGACGCCGUGCGGGUUGCGGUGUUGGAGUGGCGACGGCGGCGGUGCGGAGGCGGCUUACAGGUGGCAGACAUGUAUUUCACCCGGCUCGAUGACUCGCCCAUGUUCAGGAAGCAGAUGCAAUCACUUGAAGAAGGUGCUGACAUGCUGAGAGAGAGAUGCUUGAAGUAUCACAAAGGUUGCCGUAAAUACACUGAAGGGCUAGGCGAAGCAUAUGAUGGAGAUAUUGCGUUCGCAAGUUCACUAGAAGCAUUUGGAGGCGGUCACAAUGAUCCAAUCAGUGUUGCCUUUGGAGGACCCGUGAUGACCAAAUUUACAAUUGCCUUGAGAGAAAUUGGAACAUACAAGGAAGUUUUGCGCUCCCAGGUUGAGCAUAUGCUAAAUGACAAGCUGCUGCAGUUUGUGGACAUGGAUUUGCAUGAUGUGAAGGAUGCCCGAAAGCGUUUUGACAAGGCUAGCCUUCUGUACGACCAGGCUCGUGAGAGGUAUUUAUCCUUGAAGAAAGGAACAAGGACAGACAUAGCAACUGCAGUUGAGGAUGAGCUUCACAGCGCCAGAUCUUCAUUUGAGCAAGCUCGUUUCAACCUGGUCACUGCGCUUUCAAACAUUGAGGCUAAGAAGAGAUUUGAAUUUUUGGAGGCUGUUAGUGGAACAAUGGAUGCACAUCUUCGUUAUUUCAAACAAGGAUAUGAAUUACUCCAUCAGAUGGAACCGUAUAUCAAUCAAGUGCUUGCUUAUGCACAGCAAUCAAGAGAAAGGUCCAACUACGAGCAAGCUGCUCUUGUAGAGAGGAUGCAAGAGUUCAAAAGGCAGAUUGACCGGGAAAGUCGGUGGUCACCAAACGGGAUGACUGAUUCCCCUAAUGGUGAUGGAAUACAAGCAAUUGGUCGAAGUUCACAUAAGAUGAUUGAAGCCGUCAUGCAGUCAGCUUCAAAGGGAAAGGUUCAGACUAUUCGGCAAGGCUAUCUCUCAAAGCGUUCUUCGAAUUUGAGAGGCGACUGGAAAAGGAGGUUCUUUGUCCUUGAUAAUCGAGGAAUGUUGUAUUACUACCGCAAGCAAAAUAGUAGACCAUCCAGUGGUUAUUCUAACCAACGAAGUAGCACUCCCAAUGAGCAUGGCUCUGGGCUGCUUAGCAGAUGGUUCUCAUCUCAUUACCAUGGCGGUGUGCAUGAUGAGAAAUCUGUAGCACGACAUACAGUAAACCUGCUAACAUCAACCAUUAAAGUUGACGCAGAUCAAUCAGAUCUAAGGUUCUGUUUCAGAAUAAUUUCGCCCACAAAAAACUACACACUGCAGGCAGAGAGUGCGAUGGAUCAGAUGGAUUGGAUUGAAAAGAUCACUGGUGUCAUUGCUUCUUUGUUAAGCUCCCAAUCCCCUGAACGGCGUCUACUGUUGAGCCCUAAGGGCAGUGGCCAUCAUCGAACAAACAGCGAAAGUAGUUCUUUCAGUAGCUCAACAGAACUUGACCAUUCCAUGAGUGAAGAUUUUAUGAUGGAAAAGAACUCAGGAAGUGGGUACUUUGAGCACUCCAGAGUCACACAACAUCAUCGAACCAGCAUGAGACCUGACAAGCCAAUUGAAUUGCUUAGGAAGGUGGUUGGCAAUGAUGUUUGUGCUGAUUGUGGUGCUGCAGAGCCUGAUUGGGCAUCCCUAAACCUCGGAGUCCUUGUAUGCAUAGAAUGUUCUGGUGUACACCGGAAUCUUGGUGUGCAUAUAUCUAAGGUAAGGUCUCUGACACUUGAUGUCAGGGUGUGGGAGCCAUCUGUAAUCAAUCUCUUCCAGUCUUUAGGCAACACAUUUGCCAACACUAUCUGGGAAGAAAUGUUAACUUCGUCAAGCAGUUUUGAUCAUGGUGAUACUUCGAGAGCUGAUGGAAUUGAAAACACACCAGAUAACUUGGCUGUCAGAAAGCCUAAACAAUCGGAUCCUAUCUCUCUGAAAGAGAAAUUUAUUCAUGCCAAGUAUGCUGAGAAAGAUUUUGUACGGAAGCAUAGUAUGGAUGAGACUCAGCUAGCACAACAGAUGUGGGAUCAUGUAAGUUCAAACAACAAGAUGGAGGUGUACAGUCUGAUAGUGCGAUCGAACGCCGAUGUAAAUCUAACUUAUGGGCAGACAUCAUUCAAUUCGGCUUUGACUCUUGGGAAAGCGCUUCUCUUACAAGAGCAACCGUCUUCGCCGUCAAAUGGUAGUUCUAGAUGCUUUGACCGUGGUGCAUCUGAGAAAAUUUCUCCCAGGGGUUCUCUUUCUCCUGCGAGCACGAGUGCGCGAACAGACGAAUUAGAUGGCUGUGCUGAGGGCCUAUCUCUGCUUCAUCUGGCAUGCCGUGUCGCGGAUAUAGGCAUGGUUGAGCUACUCUUGCAGUAUGGGGCCAGUGUGAAUUCCACGGAUUCUAGAGGCCGAACACCGCUUCAUCACAGCAUUUUGAAAGGAAGGCGCGUGCAUGCCAAGUUGCUCCUCUCCAGGGGUGCUGAUUCGCAGGCGACAGACCGUGAGGGUAGAACGGCAUUGCAGUACGCCAUCGACAGCGGAACCAUCGAGGACGAAGAGAUUCUUGUUUUGUUAGAAGACCCCAGGUAGAUAGAUGAUCCAGUAGCUAGACCUUGGGUUGAGCAGAGUUCCGGUUUGCCGCGCUCCGAUCUGAUGUGCCUUAUCCUGCUGCUCAACGGGCACGGCUCCAAGCUCGCCUCGCCGAUCCGAUCUCUGAUCCCAGCUCGUGUCAUGAAGAACAGUAUUAUAGGUAGUGUUCCAGAGAGACAGGGGGGGUCCCCCUCCCCCUGCCCCCACCCCGUUAUACUAGCGUGAGAUACCCCCCUAUCCCUAUGUAUUGUGGUUUUGCCGGGUUUUUGUUUGCAAGCAGAUAGAUGAUGACAGACGACGUUGUAAAAGUUUGUACAUGGCGCCGGACCCAGAGUGCCCGGCCCGGCCCGGAUCCGAUGGUGAUGAUGACGAUGUGUGUACAUAGUGAGACCGAUGUGUGGCAUGAAUGUGGUUUAAGCAGAGCAUUGGACA